AUGAAAAAGCCAAAACCUAAAAGGAACUACAAGAAGAAGCAGAAAGAAAUAAAAAAAAUAGGAAAAACUAAUAAAAAAAAUUAGACAUACAAUUAGCUAUAAGAAAUUAAAAUUGAGAAAAUUGAAUAUUCAAAAUAUCCAAGAGAAUCUAAAACCUAAAGAAAGAAGAUUUUUGUUUAUUUUUUUGUGGAUAUUUUAAAGACAUUGAACUUGCAGAUCCUAAAUUAAAUUUAAAAUAAAAUGAUGAGUUAAUUAACUUUAAUAAUUUAAUCAUAUUAAGAAUUUCUUUGGAAAUACAAUAAAGGCUCUUGCUAAUAAAAAUUUAAUUAAAUUGUCAGUAAUUUAAAAAAUUACAUUUGA